AUGGCAUUUAUUUCUAUUAUAUUUUACUUUGUGUUCUUAUCAUUCAUUGAUAAUAUUGCAUUAUCUUCCGAAAACGUAAAUCACGAAUUGCUUCUGCGGAGUAUUCUGUUUAAUGAGUCAACAUAUAGUUCUCAAGUAAUUCCACGACGAAACCUUACAGAAACUGUUCAGAUAAACUUGAAGUGGACCUUUGUAAGACUAGAAGGACUGUCAGAAAAAGACGCAAAACUUACACAGUCCAUACUAGCUGAUUUGACAUGGAAAGACGAGUAUUUAGUCUGGGAUCCAUCUGAAUACGGAGGAAAAUCGUAUAUCACUGCCUCAGGACAAGAGGUGUGGACACCUGAUUUCAGAAUAUUUAAUAAACUUGAAUCAAGUUUUUUGUCUGAUGGAAUGCAAGCUGAAAGAGUACUUGUUAAGUUCGAUGGAACAAUUAUGGCACAGCCCUCUGGAGACCUAAGUACAAUAUGUAAUGCAAACAUCGAAUUAUUUCCAGCAGAUUGCCAGAAAUGUAGUAUAGUCCUUGGAACGACCGCUGUCAAUCUGCGACAGAUGCUUGUUUGGGAUCAAGAUGAAUCAAUAAGCGGAUAUAAAGAACGUGAAGAUGAUCAUGCGUUUUGGAAAAUUUUGAAAGUAGAAAAAAAACCUGUGUUUUCGUCAACUAUUAUCUUUUAUAUUCAUAUGCAACGGUUGCCUUCCCAUUAUAUCUACAACAUAGUUUUUCCUGCCUGUGCCUUAUCCAUACUUGCCGUCUUAGCGUUCUUUAUUCCAAUAGAUGCAGGUGAACGUAUUAGCUUUGGAAUAACGAUAUUCCUAUCAUUUAUGGUUUUGAUGCUUCAAGUAAGCAGUGUUUUACCAGAAAACUCCAAAAGUAUUUCAGCUAUUGGAAAAUACUUUUUACAGUUAAUGUGCAGCAGUCUUGUAGCAGUAUUUAGUUCUGUUGUUCUAAGUUAUUACGACAGAAAACCGGAAAUAGAAACAUGCAAAUGUCGCAGGAAUUCUGUUCAUCCCAUAAUGGAAGAUAGUAUUAGUAAAGAUGACCAUGUUAUUGCCUUCAACGACAAUCACAUAGAAUGUAACGACGACAAAAAUAGGAUAUUUGUGAUUUCGAGGAACACUGUUACAUGGUGGAAGAUUAUAGGAUAUAAAAAGUUUAUAAAUUAUCUAAGACCUGUAAAGUUAUUUGAUUUAGUGACUUUGCUUGCCUGUUUAAUAGCUAGUAUUCAUGCACAUAUUGAAUUGUAUAACAUAAUGACUGAUACAAAAUGUUCUAGUGGGACAUAA